GUUCCUUUUAUAAUGAGAUAUCCCACAUUGAAGAAAUCAUUAUCAAUUGUCUGUCCGUUCAUAAGCGCCUUCAUCAAAGGCGAUCGUCUCUAUUGGAUUCCUGUAUUCUCUUUCUUCUAGGGUUUCAAAGAUUUUAUUGAUUAUUAAAGAUGUUCGGGAGAACCCCCAAGAAGAGCGAUAACACCAAAUACUAUGAAGUUUUAGGAGUGCCCAAAGGUGCAUCUCCCGAUGAUCUGAAGAAGGCUUACAGGAAAGCCGCCAUCAAGAAUCAUCCCGACAAGGGCGGUGAUCCUGAAAAGUUCAAAGAGCUUGCCCAAGCCUAUGAGGUUCUAAGUGACCCUGAGAAGCGUGAGAUUUAUGACCAAUAUGGAGAAGAUGCCCUUAAGGAGGGAAUGGGAUCUGGAGGUGGUGGCCAUGACCCAUUUGAUAUCUUCCAGUCAUUCUUUGGCGCAAGCCCUUUUGGUGGUGGCGGUGGAAGCAGUAGAGGCCGCAGACAAAGGAGAGGAGAGGAUGUUACCCAUCCCCUGAAAGUGUCAUUGGAAGAUCUCUAUAAUGGGACUUCAAAGAAGCUAUCCCUUUCUCGAAAUGUUCUCUGUUCUAAGUGCAAAGGAAAAGGAUCAAAGUCAGGUGCUUCAAUGACGUGUUCUAGUUGCCAAGGGGCUGGUAUGAAAGUCUCUAUUAGACACCUGGGCCCAUCCAUGAUCCAGCAGAUGCAACAUCCCUGCAAUGAAUGCAAAGGUACUGGAGAGAUGAUCAAUGACAAGGACCGAUGUCAACAAUGCAAAGGUGAUAAAGUUUCACAGGAGAAGAAGGUUCUGGAAGUUGUGGUGGAGAAAGGAAUGAAACACGGGCAGAAGAUCACUUUCCCUGGAGAAGCUGAUGAAGCUCCUGAUACUGUGACUGGAGAUAUAGUAUUUAUCCUUCAGCAGAAAGAACACCCGAAGUUCAAGAGAAAGGGCGAGGACUUGUUUGUUGAACACACCUUAUCACUUACUGAGGCACUCUGCGGUUAUCAGUUCAUACUGACGCAUCUGGAUAACAGGCAGCUCCUGGUCAAGUCCCAACCUGGGGAAGUCGUGAAGCCUGAUCAGUUCAAGGCAAUAAACGAUGAGGGGAUGCCUUUGUACCAGAGGUCGUUCAUGAGAGGAAAACUGUAUAUUCACUUUACAGUGGAAUUUCCUGAUAUGAUGUUGCCAGAGCAUUGUAAGGCUCUAGAAGCGGUGCUGCCUCCAAGGCCUUCUAUGCAGAUGACUGACAUGGAACUGGACGAAUGUGAGGAAACCACACUACAUGAUGUUAACAUGGAAGAAGAGUUGAGGAGGAAACAGCAGCAACAGGCCCAGGAAGCUUAUGAUGAAGAUGAUGACAUGCAUGGUGGUGGGGCUCAGAGGGUGCAAUGUGCACAGCAGUAAGGUUUUUUUUUUGUCUACUAGAUAGUAGUAGUAGUUUGAGAUUCUGUAAUAGUUUACUGGACAACACUUUCUUUCUUCUUCUUGUUCUUCAUAACAUCUAUUAUUGAAUUGAAUUGAAUCGAAUCUCAUAUCAUUCUUUAUCUGAAUGGUUAUACUUUUGAUUUGCAUUUAUUGA